AUGCAUUUCGCUCAUUCUUGCUGCUGCGGUGUUAAUACAUACGUCGACCGACGUGGUUGUCGCCAAAUGCGGAAAAACAUUGUGCCGUGAAAUUUUCAUUCGCGAUUACCGUCGCCGCCACCGGAGAAGUUUUGUGUGAUUUGUCAUUUUCAACCCAGCAGUAAGUUUCGCCGCUAGUGACUGGAAUUUUCCCCGCUGGACGGAAUAGCAGAAAACGGAAGUGUGCAUCUGUGAAUAGUUAGCAGCUUCCUCCUGUAGACGGCAACAGCUGGGGAUGACCUUGGGCCAAGGAAAAUAAUGUAGCUUUCGGGAAUUUGCGUUUUUGAAAAUUCAUCGUUCUCAGUAGGCCGCUAGAGUAAAAAAAAACAACGUAAAUCGACAAACCGUUGCCGAAACAUCAACAUCACGCUCGCUUAGCUCGGGGUGUAGCAACAAACGCGUGGGCGUUAAAAUUAUCAGUGCUCCUUAAAAUCCGCGAUAACAAAUUCGCUACAUCAAGUUAUAGGCUGUCAUUAACAUACAUGAAUUCAAAAUAGGUCGAAGCCAGAAUCCCACACGUUGACAUACUACCGAAAAAAAAUGGACCCCACCAAGACGUUCCCUCAUCCGGCGGCACCUCAACCGUCGAGAGAGCCGGGCGACGAUGAAACCGCACCACUGAUUUCAGAUACCGAUCUGUCGUCCCAAACGCUCGCGGCAGAAGAAUUCGAGAGUUGGACACUGGUGGACCGAUAUUCGCCGAAAAGUUCGCCCCGGCCGAAGAAAAUGGCUUCCAAAGGAGGCACCAAACCUGGUCGGGAUACUAAGGAUACUAAGAUUGAGCCCAAAGAAGAGCAGCAGCGAGUUGAACCCGUUGCUGACGACGAUGAAGAAGCCGACGAGGAAGAGGAAGAAUCGGCUGGAGAAGAACCAAAGGAAUCUGGCGAAGAAGCAGAAGAAUCGGAAGGUGAGGAGCGGGAGGAGGAAGCAGCUGAAGAAGCACCUAAACCGAGCGGUGUGGAAAGUGUGAAAGUGCAGGCACGUGACGCAGAAGAGCGCUCCACAAACGAUGACGUCACAGUGAAAAAGAUCAGCAAAAAGGCCACGCAGAGAGCCGUGGCUGGUGGAAAGCAUCUGAACGUUGAGUAAGUACCCUCAUAUGUA